AUGACAAAAGUAAUUGAACAAAAGCGUAUCAAUGAGAAAAAUUUCAAAGAAUGGCUUAAACUAAUUUUUCCAAGAAUAUCACGAGCUUCGAUACCUCCUACACUAACUUUACCCGAAAAUUUUACUUUUGAAGAUUUUGAUAAUUGGUCUCUUACUCCUCACCCAGUUUAUUAUAAGCUAUCUGAUGAAAAAGUGGUUAAUAAAUUAAAAGAAUAUUGGACUUAUCUUUCACAAUCUUCUACUAUUCCUGCCCUUCUUGACCCAUCGAUCAAGUAUUAUAUCUUUUCUUGUGAGCAAUAUGUAUGGAAGGCAAGUGAAGACAUAAAAUACAAUGAAAAUUAUAAUCUGAGGACAAGGAUAUUACAUUAUACUGAAUCUAAUAAGAGUGCAGGAAGCCAGUACGACCUCAAUAAAAAUGAGAUUUAUGUGAUAGCCCUCAAG